AAAGUUCACAGCAAACUGACAAGUGAGGGUAUAGAGAGCUUGCAUCCGAUGAUCAAUAACGAUGUAUCGCAGGGCAAGGAAAGGGUGAAAGUUCCAGUGGUGAAUGAACUCGACGAUGAAAAACCUUCAGCAUUUGGGGUAAUGUGAUAAAGGAUAUUGAGUAAACAACGACGCCGUGUUAGAAAUGUUCAUUUUUAAACCCCCAAAAUAUUGUGGCCUUAAUUUCAACUGAAAUAUUAAUUUUUACUUACUUUCAGAGGAUGGAUUUAGAAUAAGCUCAAUACUCAUCCUUUACUUGCGAGUGCGCCCACCUGUAUUUGCCGGGUAAUAUCCCAUGUGUCCAGUCCAAAACACAUCUCCCUGGGAUUUUCCAUUCCCCGCCUGGUUCAGGCAUGGGAAAUUUCUUCAGGGGAAAAUUAUAGGACCAUCGGAUUAAUGGGGAGUUUCCAACUGUAGAAACACCCUUCGAGGCGUAGCCAGGAUUUUUUCAGAGGUAUGCACAGUUUUACUAAAUUCAUGUGGCUUUUACUAUACAGUACACAUUAGUUUGCAUUGGUGGGCCCAAUGUAAGGGAUUCAUUCAACUCUCCAUUCUACCCUGGCUGUGAAUGUCAUCAAUCCACAUGUAUGGCAGACGUUUGCUCUUGCAUGCAAGCCUAUGGACCAUGUUAUGACAAUAGUGGAUGCCUUCUUAUUUAUAAUCAGCAGCUGAAUGGUGAGUUUUCACAGGGCUAACUUGAUUGCAUUUGAAAAAGUAGUCCACAACUGAACCUCUAGUUGGCAUCUUUUUUCCUUUAAGUCUCUCUUUCUUUCUCUCUGGACAAUUUUGUGCCUGGCACUGUGUUAAGCUGCAUUCGAUUGGGAUGAUCCAGAUCAAGAUCAGUGAUCUAGGAUCCCUCAAAACAUAGUGCAUAAGAGGAACCAAUGAAUACAACCUGGUAAAGGACUGGUAAAGGAUUAAUUAACAAUUUGUUGUGAUGAAGACACAGCCGAUCUCCAAGAGGACUUGUAUAGAUUAGAAGAUUGGCAACAAAAGUGGAAGAUGGAAUUUAAUCCUUCAAAGUGCAAGAUCAUGUGUUUUACAACCAGGAGAGAUCCACCAAAGCGGGAAUACAUAUUCUGUGGACAAAUCCUAGAGGAAGUGGAAUCUCACCCUUAUCUGGGGGUAGUCCUCGAUAACAAAAUGAGGUGGUCACCACACAUUGAAACAAUCACAUCUAGAGCAAAUAAGGUCUUGGGACUUAUCAAGCGAAACCUGUGGAAUUGUCCAAAGUCAGUGAAAGAAACCGUGUAUAUGACACUUGUGAGGCCAAAACUCCAGUAUGCCUGUAGCGCAUGGGACCCACAUUACCAGAAAGAUAAAGCCGCUCUAGAAAGGGUACAGCGGAAAGCAGCCCGCUUUGUCACUGGAAAUUACGAUUGAACAACGAGCGUGACGGAAAUGCUGCAAGACCUACAGUGGGACACACUUGAAACAAUGAGAAGACACGCAAGGCUCUCCACUAUAUACAAGAUGUGCCACGGCCUCCUAGAUGGGGAUUGGGGGGAUUAUUUGAUAACAAGCAAAGAAAGGAGAACCCGGGGAAGCCAUGAUUUUAAAUUUAUUGUACCGAAAGGACAAUAACUGAAUGGAACAAACUUCCAGAAGAAACUGUUUCCAGCCAAUCCCUCUGUAUUUUUAAAAGCAAACUAAUUUAGUUUUAUUUUUAUCAGUAGUUUUUAAUAGUUUUUAAUAGUUUUUUGAUAGUUUUUAAUAGUUUUGUAUAUUCUAGUAUAGUUUUAUUUAUUAUUAUCUUGGAGUUGGCGUGAUGUCCCAAACGAUUUUGCCGACAUAACGAUAUUUAGAUUUAGAUUUAGACACCGGAAAUGCAAAAGAUUGCCUCGAAUUGCCACCCACAAAUUUUUCGAUUUUUACAUUAAAACACGUGACUUGACGAACCUGUUUGAUUAGGUUCCCAGUACAGUAUUGUUUUCUAUUUCGUUUUGUUUGUAUAGAGCUUUAUUCACUCGUCUGAUUUCUCCAAAUUUGAGUUGCAAUCUAUGUUCAAGGUACUAUGAUCAAUUGGUCCACUUUGAUAAAGAAAUUCAUGCAAACGUUUAUUGUCAUAGUCUCUGGGAGUAUUCUAAACGUUUCCACUGUUCAUUUGAAUGGCAUUUGACACCUCAUAUGACAUUAUCUAUUGAAACCUGUAUUAGGCAAACACCCUGUAUUAAGUUGACACUACAGUAUUCCCCGAGGGCGUCCGCUUAAUACGGGUUUCACUGUAUUAGGUUCUGCUCUUCAAAAGUUCGUCGUCUGAACGGGGCCUUAGAAGACCCCUGACGGUUUCGAUAAAUCGUCAUAACAACUUGGUUGAGUGAGACUGUUUUCUGAUAUUUCAUGUUGAUGUUAUAUGUAUGGUGCUCUUUGCUAUUGAUUUCGAUUGCUAUCCAUAUGUGCAGCAAUCAGAAUUUGAACCGACCAUGGCGUAAAUUGCAGAAACCGAGAAAUUGUCCCUGCUUUGAAAAUAUUCCCUCAAUGCUCUCGAAAUUUCUUAAUUUUCUGCUGUUUUGUUAUGUAGAAACUAAUUUAGCUUUAUUUUUAUCAGUAGUUUUUAAUAGUUUUUAACAGUUUUGUAUAUUUUAGUAUAGUUUUAUUUAUUAUUAUCUUAGAGUUGGCAUGAUGUCCCAAACGAUUUUGCCGACAUAACAAUAUUUAGAUUUAGAUUUAGAUCAGUUCAAUUGAUGUACAAUGAUCCAAGUGACCAACUAUCCUGAUCUGGAUCAUCUUAAAGGAACAUACCCUAAGCGUUCAUCAUAGACUAGUUUGCGAGCAAGCUCUCCGGGAUGCUCUGGAGGUGAAGAGGGAAAAAGAAGGAGAGCUUGCAACUACAUCUCUGGAAUUUGAAUUCCACCUCCAGUUCGCCUGUGGAUACCCGUCAACUGAGCUGUCAGAUUUCUACCAAUCAGUGUGAAGUGGAAACGAGUGCAUAUGUAAACAAACAUUAAAAAACACGUGCCAAGGGUAAUGAGAUCAUUACUAAUGUCAUCUUCUCCGAUCAGCAAUUGGCAUUGACUUUUUCGAUGCAGAUAUUCAAAUUUCAGAAACGUAGUUGCAAGCUCUCCUUCUUUUUUCCUGCCCCACUGCGAGAGUGUCCCAGAAAGCUUGCUCGCUCACUAAUCAUAGACAGUUGUCUGUCUCAAUAAGGAGAGUUAAAGAAAGUGAGUUUAAUAAGAACUGCAGGGACCAAUGUCUAGGUGUCCUUUUUGAGCAAUUGUCGUCAUGGUGUCCGGGCACUUUGGGGAACUGUAUGCUGUCUUUAAGAGGUUUCCAUAAGAAAAGAGUGGACUGUAUCAACCUGUUUUAUUAUAUAGCUACAAUUAGUACGCGUGCUCUGAUUGGCAGUUUUCUUGUAAUGACUGGGUAUUAUUUUCUUGUAAUGAGCAAGCAUGUGUCGAAGACAUAUGCAAUCUGUGUUUAACUCGAUAUUGGACAUCCAUAUGGACUUAAAUGUUAUGGUCGAUUGACAGCUGUCAAAAAGGGUAUCUGCUAACCAGUGUCACCUGGCUUUAUCGUGGGCUCUAGUGUAAAACUCUUUGAGGUAACGUGUUCUUUUUAAAGUUAUCCGCUGACCAGUUGUUGAUUUUAUUAUUGAUCAUAGGUUCAGGUCCAUAAUGAAAAGGCCAUAUACUAAAUAACUUAUUAUCCUCGUCCAUUCGUUCAUUACAGGGAAAUCUCAGACCUCAGCCAUGAUGUAUUGACCCCUCUGUCACUUGGUCAAUCCAUCAAGGUCUCGGUCUGAGAUUUCACUGUGAUGACCACACAGAUGAGGUUAAUAAUAAAGUAGUAUAUAUUAUAAUAUAUGCUGUUUGUUUUUUCUAGAUUACUGUCAACCAGUGUUUGAAUGCAACAGUUGCUGUGUUUGCCCAGAGACUUGUCCGAACAGAGUGGUUCAGAAAGGAUUGCAGUUAAAACUCCAAGUUUUCAAGACAAAACAUAAAGGAUGGGGCUUAAAAACUCAGCAGACCAUAAGAAAAUUCACUUUUGUGUGUGAAUAUGCUGGAGAACUUAUUUCAGUGCANUUAUUAUUGAUCAUAGGUUCAGGUCCAUAAUGAAAAGGCCAUAUACUAAAUAACUUAUUAUCCUCGUCCAUUCGUUCAUUACAGGGAAAUCUCAGACCUCAGCCAUGAUGUAUUGACCCCUCUGUCACUUGGUCAAUCCAUCAAGGUCUCGGUCUGAGAUUUCACUGUGAUGACCACACAGAUGAGGUUAAUAAUAAAGUAGUAUAUAUUAUAAUAUAUGCUGUUUGUUUUUUCUAGAUUACUGUCAACCAGUGUUUGAAUGCAACAGUUGCUGUGUUUGCCCAGAGACUUGUCCGAACAGAGUGGUUCAGAAAGGAUUGCAGUUAAAACUCCAAGUUUUCAAGACAAAACAUAAAGGAUGGGGCUUAAAAACUCAGCAGACCAUAAGAAAAUUCACUUUUGUGUGUGAAUAUGCUGGAGAACUUAUUUCAGUGCAAGAUGCCGAAAAACGUGCACAGAAAUUAACACAUGAGACAGGAAACUACCUUAUAGUUCUUAGAGAACAUUCUUCUGAAAACCACAUCUUAAGAACACAUGUAGAUGCCCGUUUUCAUGGUAAUGCAUCAAGAUUCAUAAAUCACUCCUGUAACCCUAAUCUUGUCAUGGUGCCGGUCAGAGUGGAUUCUAUUGUGCCCAGACUGGCUCUCUUUGCUGCCAGGGACAUUGAUGUUGGGGAAGAGCUGUCAUUUGAUUAUUCAGGAGAAUUCAGUGUUCUGUCAGCAAGGGAACAAAGAGGGGAAUGCAAAUGGCAAGAUAGUUUAAAAGAGCUUGGAAAGGAACCAAAGAGCUGCUUCUGUGGUUCACUGAAUUGCAUGGGUGUCCUUCCUUUUGAUGCAUCAUUGUAUAUACAGUAG